CAAACUUUGACAAAAGGAUUCCUUUUGCAAAACAAAAACCUGUUGGAUUAGAACCAAAGGAAACAGCACAGGAAUCAUUUUUCUAGUUUUCUCAAUAAGAAAUUUUAGAAUCGUCACAUUGUUUAACUACCAACUCACAAAUCACUUCACCGAUGUUCAAAUGAAUUGGCCCCUGAAAACGACACACUCCGUCGUAAAGACGCAAUAGUGCGGCGGCGGCGUGGUUUAUGAAUAUGAAUGUUGGCGCCAAGUUAAUCCGGUGGAAAUGGAGGUGGACGGGCUCUUUAUCUGGCUAUCCGUUUAUCUUUUCUUCUCACAGACGCCGCACCUUUUGCAUCCAGCUACACUCCUACAAAUCUAACCCUCCAUAUCCAUUUCGUUCCCCCGACGCUGGUUAUUACAAGCCCAAAGCAUUUCCGAAUACUUUGUACGAUUACAAUAUCAGAUUAACUGAGUUAGGUCGCUUUGGGAAAGUCCAUGAUGCUAGGAAACUGUUUGAUGAAAUGCCUCAACGAGACAUUGUUUCCUACGUUUCUAUGAUCACCGUCUACAUAAAGAACAACGAUCUCUUCAGCGCCGAAGCUCUAUUCCAUACAAUUCCAGAGAGAAAUAUUGUCGCUGAUUCUGCAAUGAUUGAUGCUUACACCAAAGCUGGCCGCAUGGACGACGCUUGGAGAAUCUUUGAUCAAAUGCCCCGCAGGAACGUCUACUCAUGGACCAGUUUGAUAUCCGGGCUUUUUAGAAAUGGACUUGUCAGUGAGGGACAGAAGCUGUUCGAUGAAAUGCCUGGUAAAAACGUGGUGUCCUGGACCUCGGUGAUCUUAGGUUAUGCUCAUAAUGGUUUGAUUGAUCAAGCUCGGGCUGUUUUUGAUCAAACCCCCAACAAAAAUGUGGUUGUGUGGACUGCCAUGAUCAAGGUAUACAUUGAUAAUCUCCAAACUGAUGAGGCACUUAAACUUUUUAACUCCAUGCCACUGCGUAAUCUUUACUCAUGGAACAUAAUGAUUCAAGGUUGUUUCAAUGAUAACAGAACUAAAGAAGCUAUUGACUUAUUCACUUCCAUGCCUAAAAGAAAUCAUGUUUCUUGGACUACAAUGGUGACAGGCUUGGCACAAAAUAGCUCUACAAAGCUUGCUAGACAAUACUUCAAUCAGAUGCCAAGAAAAGACAUAGCUGCAUGGAAUGCAAUGAUAACUGCCUAUACAAAUGAAGGCCUGAUGACUGAAGCCAAUGAGCUUUUCCAUAGAAUGCCUGAAAGGAAUGUUGUGAGCUGGAAUGCAAUCAUUGGUGGAUAUGCUAAAGCAGGUCCCAGAGGUGAGUCCUUCAAGCAUCUAAUCUUUCUACUUCAUUCUCACAUUAGGCCAAAUGAGUGUACUCUCACUUCUGUGGUGACUUCAUGUGAUGAUUGCGUUGACUUAUCACAAACUCAUUCACUUGCAAUACGAUUAGGGCUUGAACAUGAGAUCUCACUUGCUAAUUCUCUCAUCACAAUGUACGCCAAAUGUGGAGAUCUUGAAUCUGCUAAACUUGCUUUUGAUACUUUUCACACAAAGGACAUAGUCUCAUGGACAGCAAUGAUGUUAGCAUAUUCAACUCACGGAUUUGGUCCUCAUGCUAUACAAAUCUUUGCAAGAAUGCUACGAUUAGGGUUUCAUCCAGAUGAAAUUACAUUCUUAGCCCUGUUAACCGCAUGUAGUCAUACAGGUCUUGUUGAUAAAGGAUGGAGGUUCUUUAAUUCAAUGAUGCAUGUUUACAAUGUGGGACCAAAAUCUGAGCACUAUGCGUGUCUUGUUGACAUUUUAGGUCGAGCUGGUCAACUAGACAAGGCUCUGAAAGUGGUUGACCAAAUGCCUCAUGAUAUGAGAGAUGUUGCUGUUUUAGGAGCACUAUUAGGUGCAUGUAAGUUGCAUGGUGAUGAUGUUCUUGCAAGUGAAAUAGGACAAAAGGUGAUAGAUUUUGAACCAAAUGAAUCAGGAGGGUAUGUGUUAUUGGCAAAUGUUUUUGCAGCAUCUGGGAGAUGGGAGGAAGUUGCUAAAGUGAGGAGGGAGAUGAAGGUUAAAGUGAGUAGUAAAUUGCCAGGGUUUAGUCAGGUGUAUGUUAAGGGGUGCAAUUAUGUAUUUUUUGUGGGAGAUCGAUCUCAUACUAAUUUUCAUGAAAUUAAUGAGAUGUUAAGAGACAAGAUUCUACCAGAAAUGAAACUGAGGUCUAAAUGUUAUUUUGUGGAGGAUUUAAUGUGAAAUUUAAACAAGGUUUGAGGAUUUAAUAUGAAAUUAAGGGUCUUGAUGGUUUAGUA